AUGGCCAGUUUGGCACCUUUCCGCCUUGGUCUGAUAGCCGACAUACAGUAUGCAGAUUGCGCCGAUGGCACCGAUUUCUCUGGUUGUGAGAAGCGGUACUUUCGCAACUCCCUGAACAUUGCGCGGAAUGCCGUCGAUUGCUGGAAUGCCGUGGGCGUGGAUGCCGUGGUGCAGCUGGGAGAUGUCAUCGACGGAUGCAACGCAAAGAUGCACGCCAGCGAAACCGCUCUUGCCACAGUGCUGGACGUGCUCUCAAGGAGCCCAGCACAGCGCUUUGACCUCAUCGGCAACCACGAGCUCUACAACGUGCAGCGCGAGUCGCUUGCUUCCUCCGGCCUGCGCUGCUUCGGUCCGGACGGACAGACCUACUAUUCGGCACACCUGGGCAGCAGCUGGGAAGCCAUAUUCCUGGACCCCUACGAGAUUUCGCUGAUUGGGAUGUCACAAGAUGACUCGGCCUUUCACGAGGCUACCGAGAUGAUGCGGCAGCACAAUCCGAACGUUCUCACUGGCGCGAAGGAUUGGUUUUCCGGGUUGCCCACUGCCAAGCAUCGGUACGUGCCCUACAACGGUGGAAUUUCUCAGAAGCAGCUGGACUGGCUAGAACGCGCCUUGCAGUCUGCCGAGGCCGAAGCCAGAAAGGUCCUGGUCUUUCUUCACGUGCCCCUCUUCGAGCCCGCCACCAAAGCCAAGACCGUGGUCUGGAACUCCGAGGAAGUCCUCCGAGUCCUGCACGCGCACCGCGACGCCGUGGUCGCGGUGUUUGCCGGCCACGAUCACGAUGGAGGCUACGGCGUUGAUGCGGCAGGCAUACACCACAUCACCAUGAAUUCGCCCUUAACGGCGGAGCCGGGUUCGGAUUGCUACGCUGUCCUGGAGUGCCAUGCGGAUGGCUGGGCUCAUUUUCGUCCACACGGCCGGGCCUGCGUCGAGAGCAAUACCCUGGGUGCAGGGCGAGCGUAUCCGGAACUUAUCCUGGCCAAAGGCUCCACAAACCUUCCUGGGGAGCAGUCGCCCGGGGCCGAGAGCCAGGGCAGCUUGGCCGAGUUGCAAGCCAUGGGCUUCUCCGCCGAGCGCGCAAAGGAAGCCUUUGAGGCAGCUGGCGGGAACAUGGUGGCUGCAGUGGGCCUUCUUUGCGGCUGA